UUUUUUUUUUUUCUUCUUUAUUUCUCCUUCUCUUAACAAAACUUUCCAUUGAUGAUUCCUCCGCCGCCUCCGCCAGUGAAGACAGUAACCGCCGAUUCUUCAACUGUUUUCGUCUUCCUUUAAAUACCUUUACAUUUGGAACGAAUCAAUCGCCAAUUGCGCCAAUAUGGCGAGUUAUUUAUGGAGGAAGUACGCCGACUAUCUCUUCACCAAAUGGGAAAAAACGCUUCUCUGGGAUAUGGUCGAUCCCUAUAGACGACCUAAAUCCUUUACGCCUUUGGUUUCCAUUUAUAUUGCUGCUUUUUACACUGGUGUCGUCGGCGCUGCCAUUACCGAGCAACUCUAUAAGGAAAAGUAUUGGGAAGAUCACCCAGGGGAAGCUGUUCCUUUAAUGAAACCAAAAUUUUAUACUGGACCUUGGAGGGUAAUGAGAGGAGAAGUCCCUGCACACACGAAGUGAAACCUUUAGCACUCGCCCUUCUCUUCCAUGCUGAUAUUGGAUACAUAUUGUAGAAAGUUAAUGACUGAGCAUUUGCUGUUUGCUCUAAAAAUUGGUAUGAUUAUCAAUAAUAAUUCAUAUUUCUGGUUUUCAUUGUUGAA